UUUUUUUCUUUCAAGCACAAACGCAAACCACGGGUCGCUGCUUUCCCACGGGCCCACCCCUUCCCCCGCACAAACGCAAACCCCUGUUUUCUCCGUCCCAAAUCGCCGCCUCCUCUUCGCUCUCCUCGCCUCGGCUCCUCCCAUCCUCGACCUCGCCGCCGGUUCCACUCCGCUCCAUGGCUGGGAGGCACACCAUUAUUCUGAUGCAACCAUCCCAGAACAGGGCUUCUAGAACAUUUAUGGACUAUAAUUCAAUUAACCAUGCAUUGGAUGGAAUCUGUGGGCUUUAUGAAAGGAAAAUCAGGGAUAUCAACCCAAUGGUCCCUAAUAUAACCUAUGAUAUCAGUGACUUGUAUAACUUCAUUGACGGCCUAGCUGACAUAAGUGCACUAGUUUAUGAUCACUCGAUUCAGGCAUUUCUGCCAUAUGAUCGACAGUGGAUAAAGCAAAAGUUGUUUCAACACCUGAAGAAGCUGGCUCAGCGGUAGCGACUGUUGUUGGUUUGAUACCAAGCAUGCGUGGUAAUGGGUGUCCAAUCAGUGUAUUGGGAGGUGUUUCUUGUAAAAUUAUGAAAUGUUACAUUGCACCCUUGUAUUCUGGAAGUUGGACUCAGAUUUCAUUGGUGGUUUGCUUGUGGCACCCUAUAUACCGGAUAAACUUGUCUGGUGUUAAGUGUUGUGAAUCAGAGAACCCUUCAGUCA